GUCUUUUUAAAAAUGAAUGUAGUAAAUUGUUGGAUCCGUCCCUGAUCGAGGACGUUCCAAAACACCAGGCCCCAAGUGACUGUGGGACUGUCGAUUAAAAAAAUAUAUUCCUCAAAGCAAGCAACCACGUUAAACACGCAGAAACAGAAGCAAGGAGCUAUCAAUGGUCAUUAACCUUUUUGUUUACCAAGAAAAGGUCAUAACUUUUGGCUGAAUUUAAAAAGAUUUUUUAGAUAAUGUAAUAAGCUGAAUUGGCAUUUGUUAUUUGGUUGAACAGGCUGAAAUUAUUAAGUUACACAAAUUACUAAAUUUGUUAGGUGGAAUUGCUUAAAAAGGUUUAAAUUGUGAAAAAUGUGAGGAAACGGGGAAAAUAUGGAGAAUGGUAGGUGAGCAUGCAUAGAUCCAAAUCUAGUGGACACUGACAUCUGAUGAACUACUAAUUUAUCUUUUAUUAUUAUGAACUAGAAUCUCUUCACAAGAUUGUCAUGAUCUUGAUCGUGUUCAGGGACCAUUUACCUUGUAAACUAUUUUCCAUUCUACUAUUCAUGCACACAUGUUAGUUGUUACGAUAAUUUUGGUUUAUAUCCAAAAUAUUUAGAAACGUAAGAAUGUAAUUAUCAGCUCCUUUGAUUACCCGGUUUACCUUAGAUCAAAGGUCCCAAACCCAUAACCUAGACUAAUCUUGAAACCCAUAAUUAUAUCUUACACUGGUGUAUCAUAAGUUGUAAAGUGUAUUAAAGCUAAUCACUAUUCGGUGGUGCUUAGAGAGAUUACAAUACAUCUUAAAAUAUUUAUGUUGUAAUAGUUAUAGUCUCUACCUCCAAUAAUUCCAUUAUUCUAAUUGGUGUACGUCUAGAUAUCAGUUUUGAUAUGGUAUUUUUUCCAAAGCGUAUAUUUAAAUUUGAAUUUUGUGUUAAUGAACAACAAAGAUUUGGGUGGUUGAACAACCCCAGUUUACAUCUUCGAAAUAUUUACAUUAUGUAAUAGUACAAGUUAGCAGCUAAUCAAUCAGCGAUGAUAAUCUUAUAAAUUCGUACUUUUUAGAUGGACGUAGGCCAAGUCUGCAUCCACUAAUUAAUUACAUUACUAUAAUGGAUGUAGAUCUGAAUAUAUGUUUAUGAUCUUGGAAAUUGUGUUGGUAUACAGCUAAAUACGGAGGCAUUUUUCUUUUAUCUGUUCGUUUUUUUUGAAAUCUUACAUAGUAUAUACAUAGUAUAUACAUAACACUCUUGUGUAAUAACUUUAAACAUAAUAAUAGUUUCAAAAAAAAAUUAACUUAAUAAAAGAAACAUUUGUCCUUCCAGGCAUACACCAAUCAAACAUAAUUCUUUUCUGCAUAAACCGAUCUCGAUCUAAGCCAGUGUUUCUUUUUCACUGUUUGGUUAAAAUAUCUAAGAUUCUAAAUAGCAGAGCAUGGUAAUAUAAAAAUAUCUUUUGAAUGUUUUUGUGUUUCCAAAAAAAAAAGAAUGUUUUUGAUAUCUGAUUUCUAUAAAUCCUGAGUUUCGUACGUGUUUAAAUGUAUGAGCUAACGAGCUAUGGGUCUACCAGGUCAGUGUCUAGCCAAAUGAGAACAUUUUGAUUCAACACAAUUAGAUAAAACGUAUUGUGGCACUUGAACACAACUCAUCAAAUUAUUAACAUAAUAAAGACAAUCUUGAAUGAAUGAAUAGUUUACAUCUUCCAAUUGGAGCAAAUGAGCCUAUGUAUCGAAACCCAUUCUAUUUCAGUUUCUAUCUGAUUUAUUGGCCCAUAAAAACAGUCCACAACGUCUUGGGUCAGACGACAAGAAAUCAGAGGCUGUGCUGAACUUGUUGUUUUUCAAGCUUCUAAUCAUGUUGGGCCUCCAGAAGUAGAUAUAAAUAAAUCGUUUCUUUUAGUUAGGCUUUUUCUUCCUUUUCUUAUUUGAUUUUAUUUAAAUAAUAUGCAAAAGAUAAGAGAAUAUUUUUCUUUCUUUUUUGAUCAAACGGAGAAUAUUUUUCUUUUUUCGUUAUAUUAUUGGAAGACAAAACGAGACACGUAUUCGGUACAUUAGUAUAAUUGUAUAAAGCCUUGAAAUGGAAAGCAUGAACCGUCAAAUCUUGAACCUCCACUACAGGUUUUGUUCCAUAUCGAAUUCUUCUUCCUAUUAUUUGGUUAUAAUCUGGAAAGAGAAAUAAAGUUAAAACUUUUUUCUCAAUCAGAUGGUAUACUAACACACAUACAAAGCUUCCACGGCUACUAAAUGAAUGGAUAAAUUGAUUUUUAAAAAGAAAUUUGCAAUAUAGUUAAUUACGGUAACAAUAUAGUUAAUUUUAAUAAAUUUGCAAAAGAAAAAUAUAGUUGAUAUUUAUAAUUAGGGAAACAUAAUUUCAUAAAAUCAUGAUUAUAAAACACAAGUAUGUGAGAAUAUGUACUCGCUUUGAUAUAUAUUUUUUAAUUAAAAGCUACGCUAUAAAUUCAUUGUAAAACUGUUUUCCUGAUAUCUAUAGAUAUUCACUCGUUUUUCUUUACCAAUAACAACCCUACUUUAUUUGUGAGAAAUCCAAAAUUCGUCAUUCUUUCAAUUUAUAUAAAUAAUUUAACUGUAACAAUUUGAUAUAUAUAAACCAGCAUGCAUUUCUAUAUAAUAUUUUCACAUGAAUUUUUUCUUUCACUAAAUCUUGUAUCAUCUUUCCUUUUCUUCUUUUUACAUUUUCAGCGUUGUUGUAAAGGUACUUUUGGGAAGACGAAACAUGAAUGAAAAAAAAAAGUAGAGUAAGAUCUAUUUCAUAGGUAAGAUGAAAAAACACAAUCCUAGCUAGCUUAAGGAACGAAGAUUGUAUACCCUCGUCGAACAAUUCUAUAUCUUAUGUUACAAUAAAAUUGUUGGAUCAGUGGCAACCCGAAUACGAACUCAUAAGUCAUGACUAUUUGAGAUUGUUUGCUAUCGCUAUGUUCUCCUGUUACUUAUCAUGUUCUGUUUUGUUCUUUCAUGAUUUUUUUGCCUUAAACAAUUCUGUAAAAUGUGUGUACAACAAGUUAUUACUCAAUAGAAAAGAAAGUUUAUAUAUAUAUAUAUAUAUACAAAAACAAAAGUGCUUCAUAUGAAAACAAUGUAGGAUCUCAUAUGUCUACGGUGUUUCACGGACAUUCGAGUUAUUUAGCAAUGUCAGUCGUUGUGACAACAUGAUUAUAUGUACGUAGGCGAGUACGUAUACAUGUUCAUUGCGUGAUAUAUAUAGUAUAUAUAUAUAUGUACAUCUAAAUUUUUAAAUUAAUAAUAUAAUUUUAAAUUAGUUAGAGACUACAUUAAAAUGAGAUGAAUCGAGUGGUGGUGUAUGUACAAGUGUUGUGAUGCGUGGGUGAUGAUGGUGAAGGAUGGUGCUCUUCGUGUGGAAACCACACUCUUCCUCUUUUCUUUAUUGAAUAACCUCUUUCCACUAUUUUAUCUCACUCUAAUCUUCGCAAUGCUUUCCAAUUCACCAAUCCAUUCCGUUUAUUGCUUUAUAUAUAACGAAACCCUACUUACAUAUGUUCACUAUCUAUUUGUUAACAGGGGUUUUCACUUUCAAACGGAUAUAAUUGCUUAUUUUGAUAUUCAAGAAUCUAAAGGCAUCUCUAUCCCCAUUCCAUUUUCUUCUUAUAAUAUAAAAUAAAAGUGAAUAUGAAGUAAAGAAUACUUCAAACUUCAUAUCAUUCUACAAUAGAGUUUACUCCAUUAAUUUUUUUUUUAUCACUCCAUUAUAAAGUAAGAUUGAAGUAUUUUUACUCUAUUUUAAAGAAAAAAUGGAGUUUUACAUUGAAGAUGCUCUAAGAAUUGGUAUCGUGAAUAAACAUCUGAUUCGUAUUUGAUUAUUUAAUAGUUGGAUUUUACUGUUUUAUAUUCGAUAUCCUCGUUCAAUCUAAUAUGGAUUUUCACUAGUAAGGGCUAGCUAGUUCUAUACGUAAUGGUGUUAUUCUCUCAAUUUUUUCUUUGUUUAUGUAGUGGUAUUAUAUACUGAUUUUCAUUUUGUUAGUUUCUUAAAGCUUCUAUUGUAACUUGUUAAAACAAAAACAAAAGUAAAUUAACUGUAUUUCGUGUAUAUUUUGGUUGAGUUUAAAUACAUUAGUUUCCAACUCUGAAACUUCUAUAAAAAAAAGUCCAAGAAUAAACCAUUGCUGUGCCAAUAUAUAAUAUUUUGAUAAAUCCUUUCAAUUUUUAAUAACUUUUGGUCAAACACUGCUACGAAAAUCUACAAUUAUUGAUAACUUUUGGUCAAACAUUACUAAAAUCAAACUGUAUGGAAACAGUGUGUCUCCUUCCCUUAUUUUCUCCUUUUUGAUUCCUUUCUUUAUAAAAAGGUAUACAAAACUACCAAAAACAAAUGAGAAUCUAAAAAGAAAGAAUUUUAACCCCCAAAAACUGAUUUGAUGAGUAUGAUAAUAAAGAUGAGAAAAUUCUAUAAUCUGUAUAUGUUGACUCUCUUUAAUUACUAUAUGUUUGCAUACACUCUCAUGAUCCUUCUAUAUUAUCUCAACAUAUACUUAGCUGAUGGGUUCAUCUCGUUGAUGUACUAAUCCACUACCAUAAGAAAAUAUGAUAAUAGUAUUUUUUUUAAAAUCAGUAGGUAAUGGAUAAAAAGUUGAUGAAUAAAUAUGCUCAACAUAAAUGGGUUAAAGAUUGCGAACAUCAAAUGCAAAUAAUCAACUUGAAAAUUCCUUUUUUUCCUUUAUUUAAGUAUGUUUUUCUUUUUCCCUAGAAGACAUGCAUGCCUUUGCUUAUGAAGAUGACACAACAUCUUCUUAUGUAACUGCCUCUUUUGGCCUCACUUAGGAUUUCUAUCUUAACUAUGCAAAAUGGUGAGAAAACAUUCAUGAAUGUGGCUUUCACAUCACCUUUCUUUAUAGCUUCCCAUUUCAUUUUAUUUGUAAUUAUAUGUUUUGUCCUGUGUACUUAAUUCUUCAACGAUAAUGCUAUCUCUUUUUUUUCUCUGUUGUUCGUACGCGGUCGACCAACUUAGCUUCUUGAAUUCGAUCGAGCGAAUUUAUAUUAAAAAUGUUAUUCCAUCGUCUAAUUUUUUUUUUAUAAAUUAUCAAAAUAUGCUACUGCAGCUAAUUCGCUUAUCGUAUUGUUCAUAGUUAGGGCUCAUAAAUUCGCUUAUCGUAUAUAUAUAUAUAUCAUACAUAGGAUAGGAAGGGUCAAAAGUUAACUAGAAGAUCCAUGCAAACCGAUUUAGUUUAUGUCAUUAUACUAUCAUGUCAUUUUUUCUAAUAUAGACACGAAGCUAGUAUAUGUAUCAUGUAUGAUUGUAUCUAAUCUACACGAAUACACGAUCAAAUUGAAAUAUAAUUAGAGGAAGAAAAUAUCAAUGUCUCAGAUUACUACAUCAACCCCAAAAAAACAUGUCUAUAAUUGCCGCUCUUCUAUAAACAUGAUUGUAAUUUUAUAUCUGAUUAACCCUAAGUUAGUGCCGUUUAGUACAUUAUUUUUCUUUCCAAUAUCAUAAAUUAGUACCAACAACAAAAAAAAACAUUUAGUGGUGAUGCUCCACAUAUUGUCUCCACCGAGGCAAAAAGUAUACUCCAAAACCUCCAUAAAUAGAAUAAGCCUGGGCGUGUGUUCUCCACACUUACACGACUCUCUAGCUCAAAAAAAAAAACACCAAAAAAUAUUGAAAAAAAAUGGAUCAAGGUCGUAACAUGGACAUAGAGAAGGAAUCAACAGCAACCUUUGACUACUCCAAACGCGCUCAAUGGCUACGUGCCGCGGUGCUGGGAGCCAACGACGGUCUUGUCUCCACCGCGUCGUUGAUGAUGGGCGUUGGCGCCGUGAAGCAUGACGUCAAGGCUAUGAUUCUCUCGGGUUUCGCCGGAAUGGUGGCCGGAGCUUGUAGCAUGGCGAUAGGAGAGUUCGUCUCCGUUUACUCUCAGUACGACAUAGAGGUAGCUCAGAUGGAGAGAGAGAGUGGGGAAGUGGAGAAAGAGAAGCUUCCUAGUCCACUACAAGCAGCAGCUGCGUCUGCGCUUGCGUUUUCCGUGGGUGCGAUUGUGCCUCUUUUGGCGGCUGCGUUUGUGAAGGAGUAUAGAGUGAGGAUCAUUGCGGUCGUGACUGCGGUUACCGUGGCGCUUGUGGGGUUUGGGUGGUUAGGAGCGGCGCUAGGGAAGGCACCAGCGGUUAGGUCUUCGGCUAGGGUUUUGUUUGGAGGGUGGCUUGCUAUGGCUGUUACCUUUGGGUUAACUAAGCUUAUUGGGUUAUAUGGACUUUGAAUGGCUCGUAAGUAAUCUAUUGAUGAGAUCAUGAAACGUGACAGUGUGUUUUUAGUUUUAUUACAGAUGUAAUACUUAGAUUUGAUGAUCAUAGUGUCUGAGAGACCAGUGGAUGUUGUAAACUAUUACGAUGGCGCGGUUCGUUUUAUUUCCGGCAACUUUGAUAGGAAGUUUCUGUAGUAAUAAUGCAAACGUUUACGCUAAAUCGGAAACAAUAAUCGUUUUGCUGAUAAUAUAGUCUCUUUUUUUUUUGUCUCUGUGCUGAUAAUAUAGCUAUGAUUGCGAAUUUGUGAUUUUAUGGAAGAAUAAGUUAUGGUUUGUCUAUAAAAGAUGCCAAUAGAAACAGUUGACAUGAUUUAACAAGUUUAAAUAUAUUAAUCUCUUGGUCAUAUAUAAGUUGUGGCCACUCCUAACAAGAUAUGAAAUAGUAUUGGAUCAUAUCAUAUAUUUUAGACAUUAAUUUUAGGUGAAUAGUAGGAUCAUACCAUAUGCUGUUUUUUUCUUUCUUGGCGCAGUCAAAGAAAAAUAUACAUUAAGUUUUUAAAUUAGUUAAAUGUUUAGAUGAUAUAUAAACAGAAAUCCUUGGAAAA